AUGGAAGAACUGGUAUCAUACCAUGGUCAAAGUGCAUCCAACAUUGACCCAACCUCUUCCACGCAUUUCUCUCAGCUAGCACAAGGAAAUGCAUCCGAGGGCUGGCGCUCCAUGUACACCCUAAAGGAUAUCGCUUCCUGUAUCGAGAAAGUCCAGCCUGUGCGAUAUACCGAAAAACUAUCCUUAUUUUCAACAUUGGAUAUCAUUGCUUACAGCUCGGGUUACUGCUUGGGUAGCUCGAAUUGGGUUUUGGAAACCAGCUUUAAAAAGAUUGCAUUCUUAUCCCCUUCCUCUCUCUACACAAAUCUACAUCCGGCCCCAUUUGACCAUGAUGUAUUGAGACAAGCAGAUGUUAUUGUAGUAGGAGGUCUUAGUGAACAAAUUGAAAAAGAAUUAUCAUUUGAACGAGCACGGACCAAGUUACUUGUUCAAAUAGCGCGUACUAUACAUUCUCAACAUAAUAUCAUACUGGUAUCAGCCUCGAUGGGUCUAAUGUUUGAUCUAAUUGGAGAUAUAGACAGUUAUUUUAAAUCACUUGGUAAAGAAAUUGGACAUGAGCGACAUCAGAUUCCUAUCUAUGUAGCGAACCCAAUUGCGGACAAGAGUUUGAAAUAUGCAAAUAUCUGUGGUGAGUGGAUGAACUCGGGGCGUCAUGACUUAUUGUACGUACCCGAGAUGCCUUUAGCACACGGUAAUUUGAUGCGUACAGGCGCUGUGCAACCCAUUCCGUCGUUAGAGGCCAUGUCUUUAUCGGGAAAGAAAAUUCGAGAACCUUGUAUUGUGUUUACGGGAGAUCCGAGCUGUCCCUCCGUGGGGUCGCUUAAAUGGUUCUUGAACCAUUGGGGACAGUCCGAGUUAAAUACUUGUGUGUUUAUUGAACCAGACACACCUGAUGAGAUACCCACAAAAUGUAAAAUGAAUUUCAUCCGAUUGCCACUGGACACACGAUUCAAGCUACAAGAUUUACCAUCCCUCCUAAAUACCUAUUGGAACGACCAUAAGCUGGAGAACGAAAAGCAUUUAUUGAUACCUCGUACGAAAGGUGCUGAUUUUGUCAAGGAGGAGCAAGUGCAACAAGUCCACAUAUAUGAACAGGGAGAGGUUUUAAAUAUUAACGUGAAUAGAGAUUGGGAGAGAGUCUCGGUGAGCGAAAAGUUGGCUAAAUCUAUCGAACCUACUAUGGUGCCUGCCAUCACAACAAACCAUGGCGUUUCCAUGUCAGCUUGGGCUCCUAUCCAUGGUUCCUUAAAUUAUUACAAUAAUCAUUUACAAAUUCAACCCACGACCUAUGUUCGAGAUGAUCAAUCUCUUGUGCUGGAUCGACAAAGUGAGCUGAGGAUCAACACAGAAUUAAAUUCGACGAUAAAACGAUUUGAAGAGGUACACAAAUAA